UAGAGAAAGUAUUACAUAACUUACGUUUAUAUACUUUUAUAUCCUUAUAUAUACGUUUAUAUACUUAGCUUCAAAUUCAAAUACGUUUAUAUACGUAUUUACCCGCUGAAAAAAAUUGUCGUGCUGUGGGAUAUUUUCAUUUGUUCUGAGAAAAACGAUUUUCCUUCUGCAAACGAACAGCAUAUCGAACAUACGCACGGCGCCUUGAACACACAAAUCGAAGGCCUUGAACACAUUUCCAUUCGGGCAGUUGACGUUGGGGUGAAUGGUGUAUUUUGGUUUCUUUUUUUUUGUGGUGUGAGAGGCGGCAAUUAGCGGUAUUAAAUCAAGAUAAGCUAUUUAAGUUGUUCAGUACUUGCAUACAAGUGCGCGGUGUGACGUCACCGUCGGGCGGGCCGCCGCCGUGCCGCCGUGCCCAUGUCGUCGGCCACCAUGGCCUCCAGCUCAGUCAGUCAGGAGGACGCCGAGAACGAGUUCGAGAAGUCGUCGCGCCGCUCGCGGAUCCGGAUGGCUCGCGGCCGGGACGUGCGCGGCCACCAGCCGGCCGCCGCCGCCGCCGCCGCCGCCGCCUGUAAGCUCGGUGAGGCGGUGGCCGAGCAGGAGGACGGCGCAGAGGCGGCCGGUCGACCGCUCGACGUCUCCAGCUACUCGGGAGACCACGACGCCAGUCCCAAGCCGUCGGCGCGCGCCAAGGAUAAGCGGCCAGCCAGGCCGGGCCAUGUCAACAAGGGGAAGCAGCAGCGGGACCGACGGAAGCUGCGCGAGAAGCGCCGCAGCACCGGUGUUCAGCACAUGCCCUCCACAGAAGUCAGUUCGACAGGUGGCAGCACGAACGAGGCGGACGAGGAGCUGCCGGCGCAGACCUCGCUGAGCGCAGAGACGUACCGCAACACGCAGCAGAACGAGUUCACCGAUCCGUGCGUCGGACUGGCCGCCGAGCCGCCCUCCAGAGCCUUCCAGAAGCCGCAGCUCCGAAAUAAAAGUCAGUCGGAUCUGGACGCCGAUGACGAGGAGAACCAGGAGGCCGAGUUGCCCGGCCGGCCGGCGGUCGGCGCCCAGAAGCUGCGCGCCAACGGUCACCCCUCGGCCGCCGCCCUCCGACAGUUGGAGGAGGAGAACCACCGGCUGCAGCAGGCGCUCCAGCAGCGCGACCAGCGGAUAGCCGCCCUCGAGGCCGAGCUGGCCAGAUCCUGGCAGGAGAAACACCAGCUGGCGCAGGAGAAUGACGCGCUCAUCCGCGCCAUGGGCGCCCUGUCCACAAAGUGACGCGCUCCGUCCGUCGGUGGCUGCUGGGUCUGUUGGAGGGGCGCCGCCCGGUCAGAGGACAGCGCGCCGGUAGACGCCAGAGGACAACCGUCUCCCGGGGCACGCCUGUCUCGGAGGGGUGCCGGGCCUGUCGGCGGUGAGCGCCCCAGACCGGCUGCGCUGCCGGCCGGCAGACGGCAGGACGAGGGUCGCGCGCCGCAGCUGUGCGGGCGGCGCACUAUUGUCGGCGCUCUAUAGUCAGAAGUCAGUGACGGCCGGCCAAUUACUGCCCGGGGAACUCGGGUGCCAUAUGAGUGCGGUCAGCCGCCGAAUCAAAACCAUCAGGACGCAAGCCAGCGGAGCACAUGCCAAAUUCGAGAUACAUUACCUCGGCCUGCUGCGGCGCGUCUGAGACAUGUGCCCCAUUAGAAGUCGAGGUGGUAACCGCUUAUAGGUUGUGGCAAACGGUCGUUUGUUGACGUUUAAACAUCAAAAUGAUGGGAUUUUUGCUUUAAGCAUCUUGCGUGUGCGAGCUCAGUCUUGCUGUCUACUGACGGAGCUCUAGAUUCUAGAAUCUCGAUGGAAGCAUUGUCUGUCCCUGUUGUUUUGUUUGUAACAUUCCAUUUCCGCCUAUUAACUGAUUUUAUUUAUUGACCUUAGAUAAUGUGUCGGGAUGAUGUGUAUAUUGUUACUAAUUGGUGCAGCGCUGCCCUCCAUCUGGGUAUGUACCGGUGGAGAGGCAUUUUAUAGCCGAUGUGCAAUGGAAGUUGUACUUGUGAUGAGCUCCGUGCUUGUACGACCUAAUGUCGGAACGAAUUAUUACGUAUAGUAAUGUUUGGUGUGUCAACCGAUGUUCACCGCUGAACGUGAAUGGCUGCUUGUUUUCGAUGAAAGCUACUUACCUAAUGGCAAC